ACUUUACUUUGCACUGGUCCAAAACAUCAACAAAACUGAUCCCAUUUUUCACCACUGCCAGUGUACUUUUGGCUCGUGAUAUCCUUAAAGUGUAGUGCAAUGAUAACAUUCCAGCGUUGAGUUGAGUGCACAAUGAGUCGUAUCCAGUGGCGUCUUCGUGAGCUUCCAAAGAAUAUAAGCCAAACAAUUCGAUUUCGCAUUCAGUACGGCAAACAAUGCAUCCGCUCGCUCACUUACAAUCAUCACAUGAACCAGUCGUAUGCGUCCGAUGUUUGCAUGGAACCGAUAUUUUGGUUCGUGGACAACUUCACCCAUCUGCUAGGACCGUUUUUUGUCUUUGCCGUCGUAUGUUUAACCACUGCCGUCGUAACAAUAUGCUACUGGAUCGGAUUACCGUACUGGUGGAAUAGAAACCGCUACAUGACUGUGUUCCUAAUGAUAGUGGGCCAUUGGUUGUUAUUAAACGUAGUGUAUAAUUUCUAUAAGGCUGCUUCCGUGUCACCGGGCUAUCCGCCGGAGAAGGAAUUGAUAGCUGAAGCGGUCAGCAUAUGCAAAAAGUGUAUAGCACCAAAGCCUCCUCGAACACAUCACUGCUCAGUAUGUAAUCGGUGUGUCCUACGAAUGGACCACCACUGUCCAUGGCUUAAUAAUUGUGUCGGCUAUCACAAUCAUAGAUAUUUUUUCCUGUACAUGCUGUACACGACGAUCGGUACGCUUUUCAUAAUAUCGUUCGGUUUGGAGCUGGGUUAUGGCGUACUGUUUCUCGAUGAAGGUGGCUGGAAGGAGAUGGAACCAUUGCAAGGACAUCCAGUACGAUUCAAUCUUUCGGGACACAUCAUACCGGUGACCGAAAUGAAUGAUUACGAGCAUGACGGUAUGGCUCCCGCGGAGCACGAUCUACCCAUACCGCACCCGACACAUCGAACGGAAACGAUUCAUGGUGCGAUACUGUUUAUGGCACUUAUCAAUGUGGCCACACUGUUUGCCCUCGGUUCACUGACUGCCUGGCACAGCACGCUGAUCACACGCGGUGAAACCAGCAUCGAAGCGCACAUCAACAAAUCCGAAACAAAGCGGCUUGCCGCAAUGAACAAGUCCUACAGAAAUCCGUACGAUUUCGGCCCAAGAAAGAACUGGAAACUGUUUCUGGGUAUAACGCGCAAACGUACCUGGUGGCGACACGUGCUGUUGCCCUCGUCCCACAAACCGGAAGGCAAUGGACUGACAUGGUUAACGUACGAGCAUGCGUUUGACACUGCUGACGAGUGGCCUUAGUUGGCAGCGUAGCAAAACAGGCCCGUGGCGGUGUUGAAAAAAAGAAAUGGCGAAAAAAAUGGCAGCAAUUCUCAGUACAUUAAGUUACCACAAACUCUUCAGGUAAAUAAAAUUUCAUUUAAGCAUUCCUACGACAACAGUAA